UCGCGCUGACGAGCUGAUCGUGCUGACGAGCUGAUCGCGCUAACGAGCUGAUAGCGCUGACGAGCUGCUCCGUCGCCCGCCCGCCGACAGCCAUGGAGUCGCUGGUGCUGACGCGGUUCGAGAGUCGUGCGUUCGCACGGGAGGCGUACGACGAGGGCGUGCGGUACAUCGGUGGCUGCUGCUACUUCCGCGCCACCCACAUCAGGGCGAUGGCGGAGGAGCUCUCCAAGGAACGGGGAGGUGUCGUCCCAGAGGCGUCCCACAAGGGCGGCUGGGGCGCUGAUCUCGCCACGCAUGCUAACCUGGACGUCUCCAAGAGGAGCUCCAGACAUUUUUGGAUGAACGCAAAACCUGCCUCUGUCGGCGAAUCAGCCAAUGAAUACCUGGCCAACUGGAAGGACGCCUUGACCAACUGAGGUCUCCAUGCAAAACGCACUUCAAAUGGGCUACAGCUCAGACCAAUUAACCCUGCUGCCAUCUGCCGCUGGCAGUCUGAACUGAUCGUUAGAGCCAAGCUCCACCGACGUGACAUGCGCGGAGAGCCUCGGAGGCGAGGCUAAACCAGGGUCUCGCUACCAGAAUGUUGUGUGUUGUGCAGCCUGCAACCUGCAUUUUGGAAGCACUUCUAGAGGUACCGGCCGUUUCUCCCGUUCGGGUCAUGUAUUGCACUGCGAGCGGUGCAACUAUGAUUUGGCCUCCCUGAGCCGUCGAAUGCCUUCUCAUAGUAGUGCACUAGCACGUGGCGUCGUGCGCCCUAUGAAUGUACGGACUCCGUGUGUCUGAACUGCGGCUUUUCAUGGUGCCGGUGGUUUGUCAUGAUGUCGACGCGGAUGACACGUGCCCCAGCUGGCGAUGAGGGUGUAUUUCGGAGAUGCGUUCGUAACGGACAUAACCCAGCGACGCCGCCUGCUCCGCGUGUCUCAGUUGGUGGUUAUGUCAUGCGGUGAUGGAUGCCAUGCGCCACGUGCCGAUGUGAAAUAGCUGGAUGGUGAGUAAGGCCUGGACCGCGCGGUCAAGACGCGGGGUCGAUUCCCGCCGCGGUAAACAUUUAUUGGCGCCGUUUGGCCGGAGGAACGCUACGCGCGACUCUUGUCCCAGAAUGCAUGAGUGUCGUGCAAGCAUCACUGCAAAAUUACUGCGACGAAUUUUUUGGCUGUGACGGGGAGUAAGCCAUCAGAUUCAAGGCAGACAUAACAAUACAGGAAACAUAUACGAACAGACUAAUGUCAACCACACGAAAGGUCGUUUUGGAGGCAAACCUGAAAGGUAACUGAAAUGUAUAGAUAAAUAAGAAACUGAACAUGC